CGCCCUGAUACAGUAUAGAUGAACCUGCUCACCACAGUGUUGCCAUAGUAACAAUGUAAGGCCUUUCGACAAGUCAGGAGGGUCAGAAGGAAGAGUUGUGAUAGGAGAUACGUUUUGAAUGUGAACUUUGUUGCUCUCUCGCCUCUUUUUCCUCCUCAAUCAAUGCUACAGUGUUGGUUCGCGCUGCUGCACGAUCAACAAUGAAAUUAAAAACUCCUCAAGGAAACUCGAGGAUAAAGGUUGGUGGGGCUGACACCCACUGUUUCCUGUGAGGAAUGAAUGACCAGGAGCAGAGGACACUGCAGUGGUUCAGCAGCUGGUAUGGUGCAACAGCUCAAAAACCUCUUCUGCUAUGACGAGCCUGCUUAUGUGUUUAUGUUGUGUGCUGUUGGAGCUUAUGGCAGUCCACAGCCGUGUGCUCAUGCAGAGCCGUAUAGUAGGUGGUCACACCGCUGCACCAAAUUCCAUCAGAUACCUCGUGUCACUGAAGAGCACCAGCGGCCAACACUUUUGUGGUGGAUCACUAGUUCACAGGUACUGGGUCCUGACUGCAGCGCACUGCAACAUCGGGGCAGAGCAAAUGAUGAUAGUGGCAGGCGACUACAAGGUAAACAUCUUUGAGGGUACUGAGCAGUACGCUAAGCCCCGCAUCUUGGUCAUCCAUCCCCUGUACAACAGGAGCACCAACAACGCAGACAUCAUGCUCAUUAAGCUGCGGGCUCCCAUGGUUCUGAACAAAUACGUGUCGCUGGCGCCUCUUCCCAGGCAGGGGACAGGUGUAGCUGAAGGCCACGUGUGUCGGGUGUCUGGGUGGGGCUACAAUAGUCUGGAAGGAGGCCAGGUGCCUGUCACACUCAGGACAGUCACAGUGCCCAUUGUCUCAACUACAAGGUGUAACAGCAGCGACUCCUUUAAUGGAAACAUCACAGCAAACAUGAUCUGCGCUGGCUACAGCACUGGAGGCAAAGAUGCAUGCAAGGGCGACUCCGGUGGACCGCUGGUGUGUGACAGACGGAUCUAUGGAGUUGUAUCCUGGGGCAAUGGUUGUGGUGAUGCUAAGUUUCCUGGAGUCUACACGGCCGUGUCCAGAUUCCGCCGGUGGAUAGAUCAAACCAUCUACGGGUCAUACCUGCGUUGCUUCAAACCGUGGAGAUAA